UUGAGAAUGCUCUCUCUCUCUCUCAUGUAUUUCUUAUAUUCAUAUCAACACUGUCUCCUGUGAUGUAAGACGAGGUGGGUGCUGUACGGAGGGGGAGGAGGGACACACAGACUGUUAGCCGUGGCCAGUAACUGCCUGAGAAAGAGCUGUCGGAUCAAUUGAUGUGUCACUAUCACUGUCACCGGACCUGACCGUCGCCGAAGUGUCUCUGCUCUGCUACUGCUCUCAGCAACUUGUACAUAGCAAGAGGAAAACACUUCUCUCCAGCACUCCAUGGGAAGUGUCUCCGGUGAAGCUGAGCCUAUAAGCAUUUCAGCAGGACUCCAAUAAAUACUCCACCAACUCUGAGAGGCAGAGAAAGAAGAGGAAGAGAGAAGACGGAUAGAAAAAAGCGGGAUCAAUAUUUCAGAGCAUAGCUGCAGAAAUCCAGGCUUUAAUCUGCCUGUGUGCCCAUGCUGGAAUUAUAGUCUGCCUCCCCAGCCACCUCGCCUCCCCAGCCAACUCGCCAACACUGCUGCUGCCUUCAAAGGAAUCAGUCCAGUCCUGCAGGAAGAGGGGGGCUGUCAAGGUUGGCUGUGGAUGGUGUGACCUGGGCUGAAACUGUGAAGGAGGAGGAGGAAGGGGAGGCGGUGUUGUUGUUGUACUCUGGACCCCCCCCAGCUGUGUGUGAUAUGAGAGAACCAGGCACGUCUCUCCCUUCGGCCCUCUGCUCUGUUCUCUAACACCAAUGAGAUCUGUGGAGGCAGGCAUGGCUGCAAGGCGGAUGCCCCUGCUGCUGCUGCUGCUGGAGGUGCUGAAUGGAGCAUGUAUGCCAGGGGAUGGACAGGGGCGGUACAAGAGUGGCUGGAGGUGGAAAGGUGACAGGACCCGAUCCCGUCUGCGCCAGGAGGACUCCCCACCCCGGAUCGUAGAGCACCCCUCUGACCUGAUCGUGUCCAAGGGGGAGCCCGCCACCCUCAACUGCAAGGCGGAGGGGCGGCCCAGCCCCACGGUGGAGUGGUACAAGGACGGGGAGCGGGUGGAAACGGACCGGGACAACCCUCGAUCUCAACGCAUGCUGCUGCCCAGCGGCUCCCUCUUCUUCCUACGUAUCGUCCACGGACGACGCUCCAAGCCGGAUGAGGGCUCCUACGUCUGCGUCGCCCGCAACUACCUGGGAGAAGCUGUCAGCCACAACGCCUCGUUGGAAGUAGCAUUACUACGUGAUGACUUCAGACAGAACCCUGCUGAUAUAAUGGUGGCAGCGGGCGAGCCUGCAGUCCUAGAGUGUAUGCCCCCUCGCGGGCAUCCUGAACCUAGCAUAUCCUGGAAGAAGGACGGUGCCAACAUUGAUGACAGAGAUGAACGAAUCACUAUCAGGGGAGGAAAGCUGAUGAUAACCAAUGCCAGAAAAAGCGAUGCUGGGAAGUAUGUGUGUGUCGGGACCAACAUGGUGGGAGAGAGGGAGAGUGAGAUUGCUGAGCUGACUGUGCUCGAGCGACCCAGCUUUGUGAAGCGUCCCGGCAGCCAGGUGGUGCUGGUGGACCAGAGCGUGGAGUUCAGGUGUGAGGCCCGGGGCGACCCAGUUCCCACCGUCCGCUGGAGGAAAGAGGACGGAGAGCUGCCUAAGGGAAGAUAUGAGAUCCGUGAGGACCACACCCUGAAGAUCCGUCGUCUGACCUCUGCAGACAUGGGUUCUUACACCUGCGUGGCAGAGAACAUGGUGGGCAGGGCGGGGGCGUCGGCCACCCUCACCGUCCACGUUAUUUCUGUGCCCCCUGUGUUUGUGGUGCGGCCCAGGAACCAGGUGGUGGCGGUGGGGAGGACCGUCACCUUCCAGUGUGAGGCAACAGGAAACCCUCAACCUGCUAUCUUCUGGCAGAGAGAGGGCAGCCAGAACCUGCUCUUCUCCUACCAGCCCCCCCAGCCGUCUAGUCGCGUCUCCGUCUCCCAGACGGGGGACCUGACUAUCACAGAUGCAGAGCGCUCAGACGUGGGCUACUACAGCUGCCAGGCCCUCAACAUUGCUGGCUCUGUCAUCACCAAAGCCCUGCUGGAGGUCACUGACGUUGUGUCUGAUCGCCCACCUCCAGUUGUCCGCCAGGGUCCGACCAAUCAGACAGUCUCUGUGGACGGGACAGUGGUUCUGAGUUGCCUAGCAACGGGUAAGCCCACCCCCACCAUCAUGUGGAGGAAGGACGGGGUGUUGGUGUCCACUCACGACUCUCGGGUCAAACAGCUGGACACGGGUGCACUGCAGAUCCGCUACGCCAAGCUGGGUGACACAGGCAUGUACACAUGCAUCGCCUCCAGUCCCAGUGGCGAGGCCUCGUGGAAGGCCUAUCUGGAUGUUCAAGAGUUUGGUGUUCCAGUACAACCGGCCAGACCCACUGACCCCAACCUGAUCCCCAGCGCCCCCUUCAAACCUGAGGUCACUGACGUCACCCGCACCUCCGUCACUCUGUCCUGGAAGCCCAACUUCUCAGGAGCCACGCCCACCUCCUACAUCAUAGAGGCCUUCAGUCAUGCAUCAGGCAGCAGUUGGCAGACCCUGGCAGAACAUGUGAAGACUGAGUCGUAUGUACUGAAGGGCCUGAAGGCCAGUGCUGUCUAUCUCUUCCUGGUCCGAGCUGCUAACGCCUACGGCCUGAGUGACCCCAGCCCCAUCACUGACACCGUCAAAACACAAGAUAUCCCCCCCACCAGUCAGGGAGUGGACCACCGUCAGAUCCAGAGGGAGUUAGGAGAGGUGGUCAUCCACCUUCACAACCCCACCAUCCUCUCCUCCUCCUCUGUCAGAGUGCAGUGGACGGUGGAGCAGCAGUCUCAGUACAUCCAGGGUUAUAAGGUGAUGUACCGUGCCUCUCCAGAGGGCCAGCAGAGGAGUGACUGGGCUGUGUUUGAGGUGAGAACCCCAGGGGAGGACAGUACUGUGGUGCCCCAGCUCAGGAAGGGAGUCACUUACGAGUUCAAAGUUCGGCCCUUCUUCAACGAGUUCCAGGGAACAGACAGUGAGGUCAAGAUAGCCAAGACUCUGGAGGAAGCUCCCAGUGCAGCCCCUCGUGGGGUUACCGUCACAGAGAGUGGGGACAAUGGGACCGCCAUCAUGGUCUCCUGGCAACCGCCUCCAGAGGAGGAGCAGAACGGGGUGGUCCAGGAGUACAAGAUCUGGUGUUUGGGGAAUGAGAGCAGAUACCAUUUCAACCGUACGGUGGAUGGCUCUACCUUCUCCUUGCUGAUCCCCAGCCUGGCUCCAGGGAUCCGUUACAGUGUGGAGGUCGCAGCCAGCACUGGGGCAGGCCCAGGGGUCAAGUCUGAUGUCACCUUCUUCCAGAUAGACUCAUCAGGACAUGUGACGGAGGGUGUGUUGGAGCCAGAGAACACCCUGUCCCAACAGAUCAGUGAGGUGGUGAAGCAGCCGGCCUUCAUAGCAGGGAUAGGAGCGGCCUGUUGGAUCAUCCUCAUGGUGUUCAGUAUCUGGCUCUACCGACAGCGUAAGAAGAGGAGUGGCCUCAGCACUAACUACGCAGGCAUCCGCAAGGUGCCAUCUUUUACCUUCACUCCUACAGUGGCAUACCAGAGAGGUGGAGAGGCUGUCAGCAGUGCUGGAAGGCCAGGUUUGCUGAACAUUGGGGAGUCUGCUACCCAGCCCUGGUUGGCUGAUACCUGGCCCAACUCCUGCUCCAAUCACAACGACUGUAGCAUGAACUGCUGCACUGCAGGACAGGGCAACAGUGACAGCAACCUGGCUACAUACAGCCGCCCAGCCGACUGCAUCGCCAACUAUAACAACCAGAUGGAGAGCAAGCAGACCAACCUGAUGGUGCCUGAGGGAGGAGUGUACGGAGACGUGGACCUCUCCAACAAGAUCAACGAGAUGAAGACCUUCAACAGCCCCAAUUUGAAGGACGGACGCUUCGUUGGGCCAGGGGGACAGCCCACCCCGUACGCCACCACACAGCUCAUUCAGUCUUCUAUCCUGGGAAACAACAUCAAUACAGACAGAGGGGUAGGAGUGGGAGGGGGAGGGGAGGCAAACGAGAAACACGGCUGGAAACCCACCCCUGCUCAGGGGCAGAAGCAACAGGAAAUGACCUCACAGCUCCACCAGUAUAACAUCAUGGAGCAGAACAAGCUGAACAAGGACCACUACAGAGGAGGGGACAGUCCCAUGGCUACCACCAUCCCCUAUAACCAGGCCCACGAGGCCCACACCGUGGGCUCCCACAACAGCUCUGACCAUGGCAGCAGCAGCACCUCCGGGAGUCAAGGUCAAAAGAAGGGAGUGCGCACCCCCAAACUACCCAAACAGAGUGCAAUGAACUGGGCUGACCUUCUGCCUCCUCCCCCUGCUAACCCACCUCCCUGCCGCAACAUGGAGGAGUACUCCCUGUCUAUGAACGAGAGUUAUGACCCAGAUAUGCAGUGCUCCCUGCCCCCCUCCCGCAUGUACCUGCAGCCAGACGAACUGGAGGAGGAGGAGGAGAUGGAGAGGGGUCCCACUCCACCCGUCAGAGGUGCUGCCUCGUCCCCUGCCGCGGUGUCCUACAGCCACCAGUCCACAGCCACCCUCACCCCCUCGCCCCAGGAGGAGCUGCAACCCAUGCUCCAAGACACAACAGACAGCAUGGUCUCUGGACACGAACGCAGACGCCAUGUAGUGAGCCCCCCUCCCCGGUCCCUCUCCCCCUCACACACCUAUGGCUACAUCUCCAGCCCCAUGUCUCUGGACACAGAUGGCAUGGAGGAGGAGGAGGAGGAGGAGGAGAUGUUGGAGGAAGAGGAGGAAGAGGAGGAAGGGGACAAGACAGACGCGGAGGUGGCCAAGGUGCACCACCACCACACCCACCCUCACCACCCUCACCACCCCCACCACCCCCAGCAGAUGCACACCAGGAGGCUGCUGCUGCGGGGCCUGGAGCAGACGCCAGCCUCCAGCGUGGGGGACCUGGAGAGCUCUGUGACGGGCUCCAUGAUCAACGGCUGGGGUUCAGCCUCCGAGGAGGACAACGCCUCAUCAGGACGCUCCAGUGCCGUCAGCUCCUCAGACGGAUCUUUCUUCACAGACGCCGACUUUGCCCAGGCCGUGGCGGCUGCUGCGGAGUACGCAGGCCUCAAGGUGGCCAAGUACCCCAACCCCACGCAAGGCCAGGAGGGAGGCCCCGGAGCGCGAAAGUACCAAAUGACCCCCUCAGGCCACCGUCCGGGCAGCCCCCCUUCCACAGACAGUAACAUGAGCACGGCCAACAUGCAUAAGAGGCCUCCUAAGAAGCAGAAACAGCACCCUGCAGCGGGCCACCCAGGGCUCCAGAGACGAGAGGUCUACGCUGAAGAUCUGCCUCCUCCUCCCAUCCCCCCUCCAGCGGGGCUCAAGUCCCCCACACAUCCCUCCAAGACAGCCCUGGAGGCCCGGGGGAUGAUGUCUCCCAAGGCAGGCGAGGGCAGGGACAGGAGAGGGGACUCAGGAGGAGGGUACCGGCCACGGGAGGGAUCGGACCCCCGUACCAGCUCCUCUGAGCGCCGGGAGACCCAGGACAGACAGAAGAUCCCCCGUGCAGGGAAAGGGAACAAACAGGAGGGGGGCAGCACCAAGGCACGCCAACACCCAGGACCAGAGGACAUCCUGCCCUACAGCCGCCCCUCCUUCCCCACGGUCCACAGUCCCAGAGACAGGGACCCCAGCUCCUCCAGCUCUAUGUCCUCCCGGGGCUCAGGGGGCCGGCGGAGAGGAGAGGGGGGGCCGGGGGCCCGCAGGAACCCCAACGACAUGGGGGCCUUCCAGCCAGGAGACGAUGACUUAGAGAUGGUGGAGACCUGAACUACUAGAAGGGAUGAACAGGAAGUUGUGUCCAGAGUGAAGUUUCCGAGAAGAGGAAUGCUGUGAUCGUUCCUCUGUCCAUUUUAAGUAUCUCACCAUCAUGUUUGCUGACAAAUACUGUACAUCAAUUGUGUUUCUAAACACCUGGAAAACAGACCAAUUGUUUUUCUAAUUCAUCAUUUUCUAUGUCCAUUUUACAGAAGAAAAAAAAUGCCAGAGGAUAAAAGGAUGAUACUUGAAUCCAAAGCAAAAUACUCAUUAGCAGAUACACUAUAUACAGUACCAGUCAAAAGUUUGGACACACCUUCUCAUUUGAGUUUUUCUUUAUUUUUACUAUUUUCUGCAUUGUAGAAUAAUAGUGAACACAUUAAAACUAUGAAAUAACACUGGAAUCAUGUAGUAACCACAAAGUGUUUGAUUUUAGGUUCUUCAAAGUAGCCACCGUUUGCCUUGAUGACAGCUUUGCACACUCUUUUUGCAUUCUCUCAACCAGCUAUCAUGACCUGUAAUGCAUUUCAAUUAACAGCUGUGUCUUGUUAAAAGUCCAUUUGUGGAUUUUUUUCCCUUCUUAAUGCAUUUGAGCCAAUCAGUUGUGUUGUGACAAGGUAGAGGUGGUAUACAGAAGAAAGAUCUAUUUGGUAAAAUACCAAGUUCAUAUUAUGGCAAGAACAACUCAAAUAAGCAAAGAGAAACGACAGUCCAUCAUUACCUUAAGACAUGAAAGUCAGUCAAUCCGGAAAAGUGCAGUUGCAAAAACCAUUAUGCGGUAUGAUUAAACUGGCUCUCAUGAGGACCGCCACAGGAAAGGUAGACCCAGAGUUACCUCUGAUGCAGAAGAUAAGUUCAUUAGAGUUAACUGCACCUCAGAUUGCAGCUCAAAUAAAUGCUUCAGUGAGUUCAAGUAACAGACACAUGUCAACAUCAACGUUCAGAGGAGUCUGUGUGAAUCAGGCCUUCAUGGUCGAAUUACUACUAAAGGACUCCAAUAAGAAUAAGAGACAUGAUUGAGCUAAGAAACACAAGCAAUAGACAUGAGUCCAAAUUUGACAUUUUUGGUCCCUACUGCAGUGUCUUUGUGAGACGCAGAGUAGGUGAACGGAUGAUCUCUUCAUGUGUGGUUCCCACCAUGAAGCAUGCAGGAGAAGAUAUGAUGGUGCAGGGGUGUUUGCUGGUGACACUGUCUGUGAUAUAUUUAGAAUUCAAGGCAGACUUAACCAGCAUGGCUACCAAAGCAUUAUGCAGUGAUACACUGUCCCAUCUGGUUUGCGGUUGGUGGGACUAUCAUUUGUUUUUCAACAGGCCAAUUACCCAACACACGUCCAGGUUGUGAAAGGGCUAUUUGACCAAGAAGGAGAGUGAUGGUGUGCUGCAUCAGAUGACCUGGCCUCCACAAUCACCUGACCUCAACCCAAUUGAGAUGGUUUGGGAUGAGUUGGACCGCACAGUGUAGGAAAAGCAGCCAACAAGUGCUCAGCAUAUGUUGGAACUCCUUCAAGACUGUUGGGAAAGCAUUCCAGGUGGAGCUGGUUCAGAGAAUGCCAAGAGUGUGCAAAGCUGUCAUCGAGGCAAAGGUUGGUUACUACAUGAUUCCAUAUGUUUUAUUUCAUAGUUUUGAUGUCCUCACUAUUAUUCUACAAUGUAGAAAAUAGUAAACAUAAAGAAAAACUGUUGAAUGAGUAGGUGUGUCCAAACGUUUGACUGGUACUGUAGAUACAGCAGUAUGUGGACACCCCUUCAACUUAGUGGUUUCCGCUAUUUCAGCCACACCUGUUGCUGACAAGUGUAUAAAAUCAAGCACACAGCCAUUCAAUCUCACCAAAGAGCUCAGUGACUUUUAACGUGGCUCCGUCUUAGGAUGCCACCUUUCCAACAAGUCAGUUUGUCAAAUUUCUGCCCUGCUAGAGCUGCCCCGGUCAACUGUAAGUGCUGUUAUUUUAAAGUGGAAACGUCUAGGGAGCAACAACGGCUCAGCCGUGAAAUGGUAGGCAAUAAAAGCUCAUAGAACCGCGUGUAGAGGGUAAAAAUCAUCUGUACUCGGUUGCAACAUUCACUACCGAGUUCCAAACUGCCCCUGGAAGCAACGUCAGAACAAGAACUGUUCGUCGGGGCUUCAUGAAAUGGGUUUCCAUGGCCAAGCAGCCGCACACAAGCCUAAGAUAACCAUGCGCAAUGCCAAGCAUCGGCUGGAGUGGUUUAAAGCUUGCCGCCAUUGGACUCUGGAGCAGUGGAAAUGCGCUCUCUUGAGUGAUGAAUCACGCGUCACCAUCUGGCAUCGGAUGCCAGGAGACCACUACCUGCCCAAAUGCAUUGUGCCAACUGUUAAAUCUGGUGGAGGAGGAAUAAUAGUCUGGGGCUGUUUUUCAUUGUUCAGGACCCUUAGUUCCAGUCAAGGGAAACAUUAACGCUACAGCAUACAGUUACAAUCUAGACGAUUCUGUGCUUCUAUCUUUGUGGCAACAGUUUAGGGAAGGCCCUUUACUCUUUCAGCAUGACAAUGCCCCCAUGAACAAAACGAGGUCCAUACAGAAAUGGUUUGACAAGAUCGGUGUGGAAGAACUUGACAGGCCUGCACAGAGCCCUGACCUCAACCCCAUCAAACACCUUUGGGAUGAAUUGGAAUGCCGACUGCGAGCCAGGUCUAAUCGCAGAACAUCAGUGCCCGACCUCACUAAUGCUCUUGUGGCUGAAUGGAAGCAAGUCCCCGCAGCAAUGUUCCAUCAUGUAGCAGAAAGCCUUCCCAGAAUAGUGGAGGCUGUUAUAGCAUCAAACUCCAUAUUAAUAACCAUGAUUUUGGAAUUCGAUGUUCAACGAACAGUUGUCCACGUACUUGUGAUCAUGUAGUGUAUGUUUUAUUCAAAGGCAAUAGGGAGUAAUAGUGGACUCUAGGUAUUGACACGAUCGACUUGGCUUGCCUCUGUACGAUCUGUGGGAAGCCUUGCCCAUUCAGCAAGGUGUUACUGUAAUAAAAUGAGUUACAAGCAGAGGGGUGGACUGUCUUGUAAAUAUACCUGUACACAUAAUGUCCUUUUGUAUAGCAUCCAUUGUCGUACUUCAAAUUUGUCUUCCUUGUUUUAUUUUGCGAAUUAUAAUUUCAUUAUGCCAGUAAAUAUAAUGAUUUUAUCGUUUUCCAUCCAUGUUGUAAAUCGCUAUAUUAUUUAGCCGCCCCAAGAAAGUGCCACUUUGGGAUUAUUCCUUUUCUUUUUCUAAUGCACUGUUAUAUUUUUGGGUCAUUGUCAAUGUUUGUUAUUUGUUUUACUUUGGUUUUAAAAGCACAAUCACUAAACUUUAUUUCAAACCAUUUUAUCUAUGAACCUUUUUGUCUUACUGGAGGAAAACAGGUAUGACUAAAGAGUUGUUAACCCUGAUGAUGAUGUUGGUAAAGGUGAUAAGCUGUUUACGAUGGCUGUGGUUUGACAGACUCCCUGUGUCAUGAUUGGCUCAUUUCAGAUUCUGACGCUAGCUCAUGUGAUGACCCCCAACACAGACACAGUUAUUGUGGGUCAUAGCAGCAAUGUAAAUGUCUUUAAGAAUUGACCGUAGUUCCAGUCAUUGCACAUUAUUUCAAACGGUUACAUUGUCUAUUAAUGCACUUAAAAGAAUGUAACAUACAGAAAAUGGGCGACACCUUGUGAAUCGGGAGAGGCCGCCAUUGGACAAGAAGAAUCUAUUUUCCAGAGAAGGGAUUGGUUGGUGGAUCCCUUCUCUGAGGAGAGAGGGUUCUGUUGUUUAUUCAUAGGACAUCUGCAAACAUUUGUUUCGUAAAGCGAAAAUGCAAAAUAAUAUUUAAAAAAAAAGAUGAAUAAAAAAUGUUCAAACUG